AUGAAGAAACAACAGAUGAAGUUGGUUUCACUUCUUCUUCUGGUGGUGCUCAUGAUGUCUUGUAUGUUGAAACUUUCCAACGGGAUCAGUUUAUGUAACAUGAACGAAGAUGGCCUUGAUGCUUGUAAGCCAUCAGUAACACAGCCAGAACCAACUAAACCAACUCCAAAAUGCUGUGAGGCUCUUACUGGUGCUGAUUUGCAAUGUCUUUGCUCUUAUAAGAACUCAGCAGAGUUACCUUUACUUGGAAUUGAUCCAACUCUUGCUGCUUCACUUCCUAAAGAAUGUGAUCUCACUCCUCCAGCUAACUGUAGUUAA